AUGACGCAAAGAAAAAGACAUUUGCAUCAAUGGAAGCACCCAUUCGAUUCUUAUGCCUUCGAGGCAUUUGUGUUUGGCUCAUGGCAAGCUGUGGAGUUCAUAAAAAUUGAGUCAGGAACUCUUACCAUACAUUUUAUGGAUAAUCACCAUAUGACCAUUGAAAAAGGCUUUGCAGACAUUCGGAUAAGGUCAAGGAAAGCUUCUUCAUCAGAUUGCUCUUGCUUUUUACGACCUGGGAUUGACAUAUGUGUGCUAUCACCCUCUCAAUGUAGUGAUGAUUCAGAUGAUUUUAUUGAUAAUCCUGUGUGGGCUGAUGCUAAAAUAAAUUCCAUACAGAGAAAAUCCCACGAAUCUGGGUGCUCAUGUCAAUACUAUGUGAACUUGUAUGAUAAUCAAGGUUUCCUUGGUACACAGAAAGGAACUCUUAGUAAGGAGGUUAAAGUUGUUGAAAGAAAUCAAAUAUCCAUCCUCCAAAAGCUUGAACGUGAUAGUUGUGAAGAUCAGUACUAUCGAUGGGCUUCAUCUGAAGACUGUUCCACAGUAUCAUCACAACCUAAACUGAUUUCAGGAAAUUUUCUAUCCGAUCUUUCAUGGUUAGUUGUUGCUUCUGUUUUAACGAAGGUUUCAUUCUGUGCACGAUCUGUGAAAAACAAGAUUGUGUAUCAAGUUUUGGGAAAUGAUGAUACUAUUUGCUCUUCAUCAAACACAAAUUCUCAUAUAAAUGUGGUGAACUUCAAAGUAAAAGAUGGCAUAUUAGAACCCUUUGUUACUAAAGUUGAUACAUCUGACACCAAAAGCAUUGGCUGCAAUGCACAUGAUUCCCAUGAAGAUGAAGUGACACCACAAUCUUAUGAAGCUGAAGGCUUACGACGUUCCAAACGUCGCAACACACAACCUGAUCGUUACCUUGGUUGUGAUGUUUCAGAGUUGGAUGUUGAUUAUGUUCAAACCAGGCCAUACAAGAAAAGAAAAGGGAAAGAUGAUGAAGAGCCAUUGCCAUUAGCAAUUGCAACUGGUUUAUUUGAAAACUGUCCUAAAGAGGUCGAUAAGGUGAGUUCUUCUAAGGAGCUUAGAGUGUACCAUAGGAAGAAGAAAAGGAAGGAAGUAAAUUCAGGUGAUGCAAAUCAAAAUGAGAACCAAACUAGGGACCAUAAGGUUCAGAGGAAGGAUGUGUCUGAAUUUGAUGAUAUGGAUAUUGAACCAAGAUGGGAAGGGUUAAAUUCAAAAAAAGGUGUGGAAGAUAAAAAGUAUCAUUCAAUGAAUACAACAAGCAGAAAUCAUUAUGUAGAAAGAGCUUAUAAAGACAGAACCUUAAAUGCUGAUGUUUACAAGGAAAUCAUAGACUCACACUUGAAGAACAUGAAUAAGAUACCAAUUGUGGAAGAGCCAAGUAUUAAGGAGAAGUGGACGGAAACAAGUUGCUUCGGGAAAGAGAAGGAAGCUGAAACAUCUGAAGGAGAGGCUGAGGAAGAACUCUCUGAAAUGGAUAUGUUAUGGAGAGAAAUGGAUAUGGCAUUGGCAUCAAGUUAUCUUGAAGAAACAGAGGGUUCAAAUGCUGCCAAUCUUGCUGAGAAAGUGGAAAAACCAAAUGAAACUUGUCAACACGAUAAUAGAUUGGAUGAACAGAUUGGAAUUUACUGCCUCAAAUGUGGCUAUGUGACUACUGAGAUAAGAAAUAUUUCAGCACCCUUUGUAAGUCAAGUAGAACGUCGAGGAUGGUACCGAGGGGAAAAGCAAUGCAUUGAAGAAGAGUCAGAACCAAAGGCUGAUAAUGAUGAUGAUUUCAAUCUGUUCUCGACUCAUGCUUCUCGUGAUGAACCUAUAUCUGAAGAAAAUCAAAACGUUUGGUCAUUGAUUCCUGAACUUAAAGAAAAGAUGCAUGUCCACCAGAAGAAAGCCUUUGAAUUUCUUUGGCAAAAUAUUGCAGGGUCUAUGAAACCAGCACUUGUGGAAUCAGAAUCCAAAAGAAGAGGUGGUUGUGUGAUAUCUCACGCUCCUGGAGCUGGAAAAACUCUUACCAUUAUUGCUUUUCUUGCUAGCUAUUUGAAGUUAUUCCCAUGGAAGAGACCUCUGAUCCUUGCUCCAAAAACUAUACUAUAUACUUGGCACAAAGAAUUUAUCAAAUGGAAGGUUUCUUUACCAGUGUAUAUGAUUCAUAGUCGUAGAAGCCAGAGAGACUUCAAUGACCAAUCAAUGGUUCUUCCUGGAAUUCCAAAGCCCACUAAUGAUGUCAAGCAUGUUUUGGAUUCAUUGGAUAAGAUACAAAAGUGGCAUGCACACCCCAGUGUUCUAGUCAUGGGCUAUACUUCAUUUUUAUCAUUGACGCGAGAGAAUUCAAAGUUUGCACACAGAAAGUAUAUGGCUAAAGUAUUGAGGGAAAGCCCUGGGAUCCUGAUACUAGAUGAAGGGCACAAUCCUAGAAGCACUAAAUCAAGGUUGAGGAAAGCUUUGAUGAAAGUAGAGACAAAACUGAGAAUAGUACUUUCGGGUACAUUGUUUCAGAACAAUUUCUGUGAAUACUUUAACACACUUUGCAUGGCAAGACCAAAGUUUGUUCACGAAGUGCUGAAAGAAUUAGACCCUAAAUAUAGGAGGGGAAGUAAAACAGCAGAGAAAGCACCACAUUUACUAGAGUCAAGGGCUAGGAAAUUCUUCUUAGAUAACAUUGCUAAGAGAAUUGACUCAUAUACUGGUGAGGUGAGGAUGCAGGGUCUAAGCAUGUUGAGGAAACUAACAAAUAGUUUCAUAGAUGUUUAUGAUAGUGGGAAUUCUGACAAUCUUCCUGGUUUGCAACUUUACACGUUGUUAAUGAAUACAACUGAUAUUCAGCAUGAGAUUCUGCAGACACUGCACGAGAAAACGGCUGUGCUCAAGGGAUACCCUCUGGAGAUAGAGCUUUUGAUAACACUUGGAUCAAUACAUCCAUGGUUAGUCAAAACAGCGACAUGGGCUGAUAAGUUUUUCACUCCUCAGCAAAUGAAGCAACUAGAUAAAUGCAAGUUAGAUUUCAAAAUGGGGUCAAAGCUAAGAUUUGUUUUGAACCUUGUAUUUCGUGUUAUCCAGAAGGAGAAGGUUCUUAUCUUUUGCCACAACCAUGCACCUGUGAAGUUAUUAGUAGAACUAUUUGAGAAGAUCUUCAAAUGGAAAAAGGGUAGAGAAAUUUUGGUACUUAAUGGGGAGCAAGAGCUCUUUGAACGUGGGAAAGUGAUAGAAAAGUUUGAGGAAAAUGGUGGAAUAUCAAAGAUACUUCUUGCUUCAAUUACAGCUUGUGGUGAAGGUAUUAGUCUAACAGCAGCUUCUAGAGUGAUUAUGUUGGACUCAGAGUGGAAUCCAUCAAAAACUAAGCAAGCUAUUGCAAGGGCUUUUCGUCCUGGUCAGCAAAAAAUGGUUUAUGUGUAUCAGCUCUUGACAAAAGGCACAUUGGAGGAAGAUAAGUACAGAAGAACCACUUGGAAAGAGUGGGUUUCAAGCAUGAUUUUCAGUGAGGCUUUUGUGGAAGAUCCUUCCAAAUGGCAAGCACAGAAGAUUGAAGAUGAUAUACUAAGGGAAAUGGUUGAGGAGGACAACUCUAAAUCGAUCCAUAUGAUAAUGAAGAAUGAAAAGGCUUCAACAAACUGA